UGUCUGACAGCCGUGAUGAGAAGAGGGAGACAGGGAAGGGAGAAAUAGAUGGAGAAGAAAUCACCCUACUGCUUGAAUAUCAGUUUGGCAGCCACAGUGACUGAGCAACAUCAUCUGAGCAGGGGAGAGUGGGUUUUUUUGUAUCUGUGAGUGGGAGAGAAUGAGAUCAGGAGUGAGAAAGGCAAAAAUAAAAGAGAGACAGAGAGAAGGAAUAGGAGAAGGAGGGAGAGAGCAAGUGUGCAGCUUUGAGGCGUUCCAUCAUCCACCAAACUCCUGCAGCUUCCCUCUUCCCUCCUCCUCCUCCUGGAGAGAGACAGAGCAACAGAGAGAAGAAGAGUGAGAGAGAGAGAGAGAGAGAGAUAGAGAGAGAGAGAAAGAGAGUCAGGCUUACAAGCCAGCGGAGAAGAGACGUCAAGAGGAGGAUCUACAGAGGGAGAAAAAAAAAAUCCUUCUCUCUCUUCUGCUGCCUCUCUUCGUGCAUCCUACGGGCAGCGAGGAGCGAGGAGGAUCCGGCUGGCAUAUUUUCUACGCUGCUUCCCCGUGAUUUCUGUGGCUGUAUCACAGUGGGUGGAGCGCAGGGAGAGCCGCCGAGAGCUCGAUCGGUGACACCGCUCCGCAGCAGAAGAGUGCUGUAGAAGAGUCGGGAUGCUUAACAACCUGACCGACACAGAGGAGGGGGACGGGGGAGCGCAAAGCCAGGGUGACAGUAACCCCAAGGAGAACAGCCCCUUCAUCAACAGCAGUGAUGCUGCCGAAGAGAAGACCCAGCAGUAUGACGGCAAGAACAUGGCCUUGUUUGAGGAGGAGAUGGACACAAGUCCUAUGGUGGCAUCUCUUCUCAGCAGCCUGGCCAACUACUCCAACCUGCCACAAGGUAGCAAGGAGCACGAGGAGGCCGAGAACAACGAGGCUGAGUCAUCGCGCAAGAAACCCGUCAAGGCCCCUGCGCUCGGCACUCUGAUGGGCGUCUACCUGCCGUGCAUCCAGAACAUCUUCGGAGUGAUCCUCUUCCUCAGGAUGACCUGGUUGGUGGGAAUUGGAGGUGUCAUUGGGACUUUCUUCAUAGUCUUCAUGUGCUGUACCACAACCCUGCUGACUGCCAUCUCGAUGAGUGCCAUCGCUACCAAUGGAGUAGUGCCAGCUGGAGGCUCCUACUACAUGAUAUCCCGUUCACUGGGCCCUGAGUUUGGGGGAGCCGUGGGGAUCUGUUUCUAUCUGGGGACAACCUUCGCUGGAGCGAUGUACAUCCUGGGGGCCAUUGAGCUCCUCCUGAUCUACAUAGCACCCAAAGCGGCCAUCUUUCCCCUGGAGGGCCUGGAGGGUGCCGAAGCAGAGGCCGCCCUGCUGAACAACAUGCGUGUGUAUGGCACCAUCCUGUUGACCUCCAUGGCCACGGUGGUGUUUGUGGGCGUGAAGUACGUGAACAAGCUGGCCCUGGUGUUUCUGGCCUGUGUCAUUCUCUCCAUCCUGGCCGUCUACGCCGGGGUCAUCAAGACCGCCAUCGACGCUCCCGAUUUCCCCGUGUGUCUCUUAGGCAACCGCACUUUGGUGUGGAAGUCCUUUGAUGUGUGUGCCAAGACCGUUGAGACAGCUAAUGGGACAGUCACCACCCAGCUGUGGCGCAUAUUCUGUGACUCACCUUUCCUCAAUGCUACCUGCGACAAGUACUUUACAGCCAACAAUGUGACUCAGAUCCAGGGCAUCCCAGGGGUCACCAGUGGAAUCCUGACAGACAAUCUGUUUGGGACCUACUAUGAAAAGGGGGAUCUGAUUGCCAAAAAGUUCACACAGGCAGCGGAAGACCAGGACGACCCUCUGACCAACUCUAACCGCUACGUGUUGGCCGACAUCACCAGCUUCUUUACGUUGCUGGUCGGCAUCUACUUCCCCUCUGUGACAGGUAUCAUGGCUGGCUCCAACCGCUCCGGAGAUCUCCGUGAUGCCCAGAAGUCAAUCCCCAUUGGAACCAUUGCAGCUAUCUGCACCACCUCUUUCGUCUACAUGUCCAGUGUGGUUCUAUUUGGUGCCUGCAUCGAGGGUGUGGUCCUCAGGGACAAGUUUGGAGAGGGAGUCCACGGGAAUUUGGUGAUUGGCACGUUGGCUUGGCCGUCACCAUGGGUGAUCGUGAUUGGCUCCUUCUUCUCCACCUGCGGUGCGGGGCUGCAGAGUUUGACAGGUGCUCCUCGUCUCAUGCAGGCUAUCGCCAAGGACGGCAUCGUGCCCGCCCUUCGGAUAUUUGGCCAUGGAAAGGCCAACGGAGAACCUACAUGGUCCCUGCUGCUGACAGCUUGUAUCUGCGAGAUCGGCAUCCUCAUUGCUUCCCUGGAUGCUGUGGCUCCCAUCCUCUCCAUGUUUUUCCUGAUGUGCUACAUGUUUGUGAACUUGGCCUGUGCUCUGCAGACACUGCUAAGGACUCCAAACUGGAGGCCCCGCUUCAAGUUCUACCACUGGGCUUUGUCCUUCCUUGGGAUGAGCUUGUGUCUCACUCUGAUGUUCCUCUGCUCCUGGUACUACGCCAUUGUCGCCAUGGUUAUUGCCGGCUCUAUCUACAAGUAUAUCGAGUUUGCAGGUGCGGAGAAAGAGUGGGGUGAUGGGAUACGAGGUCUGUCUCUGAGCGCUGCACGUUACGCUCUCAUGCGGCUGGAGGAAGGUCCACCGCACACCAAGAACUGGAGGCCCCAGUUGCUGACGCUGGUUAGUACAGACUCAGAGCAAAACGUGGAGCAGCCUCGCCUGCUCUCGCUGACCAACCAGCUGAAGGCAGGCAAGGGUCUGACCAUUGUUGGAACAGCUCUAGAGGGCACCUACCUGGAGAACAGCGAGCAGAGCCAGCGUGCAGAGAAGGCGCUGCGCAAACUGAUGGAGACGGAGAAGGUGAAGGGCUUCUGCCAAGUGACCGUGUCCUCGAACCUGCGUGAUGCCACCUCCCAUCUCCUCCAGGCCAGUGGGCUAGGAGGCCUGAAACAUAACGCUGUGCUGGUGUCCUGGCCACGCAACUGGAGACAGGGAGACGAGCACCAGACCUGGAGAAACUUUGUUGAGUUGGUCAGAGAAACCACCGCCGCGCACCUGGCUCUGCUUGUCCCGAAGAACAUCUCGGCCUUCCCGUCCAAUGGAGAGCGCUUCACUGAGGGUCACAUUGACGUGUGGUGGAUUGUCCAUGAUGGAGGCAUGCUGAUGCUGCUGCCCUUCCUCCUCCGCCAGCACAAGGUUUGGAGGAAGUGCAAGAUGCGCAUCUUCACUGUGGCCCAGUUGGACGACAACAGUAUCCAGAUGAAAAAAGACCUGACCACAUUCCUCUAUCAUCUCCGUAUUGACGCCAUGGUGGAAGUUGUAGAAAUGCAUGACAGUGACAUCUCAGCCUACACUUACGAGAAGACCCUGGUGAUGGAACAACGGUCGCAGAUGCUUAAACAGAUCAACCUGAGCAAGAAUGAGCGUGAGAGAGAGAUCCAGAGUAUCACUGAUUCAUCCCGCGGGUCAAUCCGCCGUAAGAACCCGGCUGCCGUGACGACCCAGCUGAGUGUGACCGAGGACCCGCCAGCAGCCAGCAAGGAGGAGAAGCCUGAGGAAGAGUCAAAGUCGGCCUCUUCCCCUGUGUCCCCCCCCGCCCAGGUCCAGCUCAUCCACGACAACACCACCCCAACCAGCCCCGCAACCCCAGCCACCCCCCUGACCCCCGCAGAGGAGGCGAAGAGCCCCGGGGAGCAGAUCCAGAUGACCUGGACUGAGAAGUGUGACGGUGAGCCGGCCAAACCGCCUGGCGCAGCCACACCAGAGGGCAUCAAAGACAUCUUCAACAUGAAGCCCGAGUGGGAGAACCUGAACCAGUCCAAUGUGCGGCGUAUGCACACAGCGCUCCGGCUGAACGAAGUCAUCAUCAAAAAGUCCUCAGAGGCCAAGCUGGUCCUCCUCAACAUGCCCGGGCCACCCAAGAACAGGACAGGUGACGAAAACUACAUGGAGUUCCUCGAGGUCCUCACUGACGGUCUCAACCGGGUCCUCCUGGUCCGCGGAGGCGGCCGCGAGGUCAUCACCAUCUACUCCUGAAAGAGCAGCCCCCCUCCCUGUCCCCUCCCUGUCCCCUCCCUCCGCCCUGUCCCUGUGUCAACCAUACUCCCACACUCUCAUCCCCGCUGCUUCAUCAUUAUGUUUCCUCUCACCACUUGUUUCUGUAAGAUAGUCCUCUCACACCCAACCAACAGCCCUGCUCAGCUUCAGCACCUUUCCCUCCGCUCCAUCCCCAGCAGACCGAUGAGCGCCACCACACGCUCAGCUAUAACCACUGUCAGCUCUAGACUCAUUUAGACGCUAUCUAGAUUUGUUCUUGAAGAGACUUCUUUUCCUCGCUAGUCUUCAAUCUACUGUUAUAACUGGCAUUGAGUCGGAGUCACUCUGCGAGGAGGAGGUGGUGGUGUUGGGUGUGGGUUGUUAUGCCGAGGUGUGAGCGCACAUGCAUGUUUGUGUCCAUCUUUGUUAAAAACCUUUGCAUUCCUUUUGGUUGGGUUCGUUCAUUUUUUGACUGUUUGUUUUUUUAAAUAUAAGUGUGGCAUAACAGCAUCAGCUUCUGCUUGAAAAAGGAAAACAAGAGCCGUACUGAAAUGAGCUCAGUGUAGGAUUGUCUGUUUAGUUCCGUUGUGGUGAUCGCACACCUCCCACAGCGCUCCAGCCUGUUGUCUUCAAUGUGACUUCUCUCGCAAGGCAAAAAGACACUGCUACCCACGGUCAGGACCACCAGCUGGAAGGAGAACAGAGUCCUUAAGUACGAACUGUGAAAUUCACAAUGGUUUUCAAAGAAGACUGAAAAGGCAUGUGGAUCAAACCUUCAGUAUUAUCUUUAACCUGAUUACUCCUUAGCAUGGCGUCCUUAUAGCUGUGUGGGUGUUUCUACUCCACUCGUUGUGAUACCGCCAUCACUGUCUUUCUACCUGUCCUCCUUUCAACUGAUUUCUUAGUGGCUGUUCAUCCCCGUGGCCACUGUUAGUGCCAAAAAAAAAAAAAAAAUACUACAAGGCUAGCUUAGUUUGUAGAGAUUGACACGUGAUUAAAACUGUGAAUAGUGCGUUUCCUACCAGAAGGCUGGUGCGACAGUAGGGAGACAGUACAAACACCCCGAGGAGAUUGUCAUUGCCAGCACCCCUCGACUCUCGCGUGGAUCACUGUAAAUAAUGUACAAGCUCUGACGCGUUGUUCAGUAUGAGUGUAGUAUUUUUGUGACAUACUAAAAAGCUUCUAGUGGAGAGAAAACAUUCCUUCGCUGAGAGGGACAGCUCGAGAAACGCUGUUUUCAACGUUUAUUUAUCUAUUUAUUUAUUGGAUGGCAUAGGCUCCUGUCACUAUGGUAACCGUCAUUGUAAACCCCAACAAGCACUGCACCUGCACUGUCCGCCACUGUGCAACCAAGUGAACCUUUGAUGAGUUAAUCAAAUUCAUCAAAUUAAAAAAGAAAAACUAAACACUAAAUGUUAUUUUUUCAUCUAGAGAACAAAUAUGUAUUUAUGUUUAUAGACAAAAGUUACACAUAUUUAUGAAAUAGUUGUAUGUCAUUUUGACUGUCACUCAAAGAUAUAUUGUUGUUUUUUUGCCUGAUUUAGAUUACAUUAAAUGUGCCAUAUCAAAGUAUUUUUCAAAGACAAAUAGUGAACAAAAAUUCUAUUGAAUUAGAGGGAACAAAGUGGGCUGGGGGAAAAAAAAAAAAGGGAAACUGAGAUGUCUACAUGAAACUCGUACGGUAACAGUAGGACGACGCCGCAGUUGGAAAGUUAUCUAAAAGAAUAGAUGUUCGGACGCUCCCAUUAGAAGCCGGUAUAUCAGCUGUUACAGAGGUGAGACUUUGAAUAUCUAUCGAUUGAUUAUUUAAAGGGUCAAGUCCAAAUACAUGGAGAGGACAAUGGCUUCUGUAGCUAGGAAACUCACGUUGUCCACAAGACUCAACUCUAUGCAGUAGACUCUCCAGGGAGAUUUUCUUUCCUCUAGACUGGUUAAGAUUUGAGACUGACUGAAUGACUGGUGAGCAAAAUCAUAUUUAGCUUCAAAAAGUGCAUCUUGGAAGGAAUGUGCAAUAGUUGAAAUCUGGACUCAUGUGAUCAUCUUAUUUAUUUUUUUACACAUAUUUUGUAUAUGUAGAUUUCGUAAGUCUUUAAAAGGACAGCUGUCACUUUAUUUGUUUCUGGGGUUUUUUUUUUCUGGAAAAAACUGUUUUUGGUCAUUUGCACUUGUAGUAGAAAUAUGAAUAUAAAUAAAUGAAUACGUAUAUAUAUAUAUAUAUAUAUAUAUAUAUAUACAGGAUAUACAAUAUAGGGAAGCAAAACAAAUUAGUUUCUAGAACUAUUUACAAACAGUAUUUAAUGUUUUUAGUGUUGCUUGAAUGUCAGACCAUAUGUUGUGAAUGCUGCUAGUAUCAAUAGAUUUCUUUGUACUGUAAAUAGAGAUGACUAAGCAACAUUAAAGAUGAAAAAGGGUAUAGACAUACAUAUCAGUGGUGGUGGUUGUUGUUUAACAAGACGAGGCUUUACCUGGAAACAUUGGGCCUGAGAUCUCUAGACAGCAUUAGCUUUCUGUUUUUAUUACGGAGCUAUACUGAAUACCUUGAUGCAAUAUUACACAAACGAGGGCCGAUCCCCCACCUGUUUAUUCUCUUUAAAAAAAAAAAAUCCAAUAAAUAAGCUCUGGGUUAUUACCAUGUUUAAUCCCUUAAGUAAAGUGAACCAAUUUUAAUGUACCAGAUUAUUAAUUUACGUAUUUUACUUCAAAAGAAAUUUACAGGAAUCACCUAAAUGUUUAAAAAAAAAAUGAAUAUUUAUCUGCUAAACGUUACUGUUUGCAAAUUUUUAACAUACCUACCUUUGACACCUGUGACACUUAAGAAGCAGCCACUCCUAGUUUUUGAAGAUUUUAGGGUGCCAAGUCAUGACGAUUUUCUUUAAUAUGCUCGUCUCUUAACUCCGACAAAGAGGUUGUUUAACGCUCACAUGGGUUUUUGAAGAACACGGCUAUUUUUGGGAUUGUCUCCACAACAUUGCCUGCAUCAACUGAGCCUUUUAAAAAUGUAUUCAAAAAGAAAAGAUAUCUGAUGUUUAUUGGAGAGGUUUAUUGGAAAUGAAUUUAUUUCUUGAAUUAUAAAUGUUUUAUAAUUGCUGUUUGCAUGGUACUAUGUGGCAAUAUUUGUUUUAGUGGUUUCUAUAGUGAUGACUUACAUGUCUGAGGUGCAGAGGGGGGGUGAAAGGUUGUCAGAUGUUCUCACCUCCCGUCGACUCUGGAGUGUUUGCCGCUCCGCCGGCGACAUGGCUAGAAACCUUGAAAACAAGUCUUUUGCAAAAAAAAAAAAUAAGAAAAGUAUGAGUUCAUUAUAUUGUUACUUGUUAUAUUUCAAUCUCGCUCAAAUAGUCUUAUGUAACGCAAUAGGAGAUUUUGAGUUUGCGGAUGGAUGAGCCGUAGAAAUGGUCAUUUCACCUUUUGUAAAUAUAGAUCACUUAAGUCAGAGACACUAUAACCGACUAGUGUUGUCUUUUGUUGUACACUGUUCUAUCACUGUGGACAAAGUCUUAGCGUUUUGUAAGAUUUAUGUGCAAUAUUGUUCUCACAUUGGUAAGUUUUUACAUUUUGUCACAGCUCUGUUAUUUAUUUUCUAGAAACAACCGGAGGUGUCGCUUUAUUUCAUGAGAACGUUUGUCACCAGGUGUUACAGACAAUAAAGGUCUACAGUGUUCAUCCCAAAAUGUGGCUGAGACAGCAAAGCACUUUACACUGAGGGGGUACUCUGUGACAGGAUCAGUCUGCAGGAGUGUGGGGGGGGUCUAACAAGAGCCAGCCUGCUCUGUACAGACUCUAUCCCACAGCGAUCUCUGGUGGCACACGAGUGCAUUACAGCCAGCCAUGGAGGUCUGACAACUCAGACUACAAAGUAGACUUAAUUCCCAUCGGGUUUAAGCAGUUUUUCCAAACUGCAGUAAUCUGGAGACCUACCUGCUGAUUUUGUUUACAUCUUAUCUUUUCAGCAUUCUCUUGGACAUUUUAGCAUGCAUCACAUUCUUUCCAUUUAUUUAUUUUAUUUGGCAAACUUCAUUUAAAAAAAAA